AUGUCGGAAACUCCCACAGAGAAGGUCGAUGCAAUGCCCGACACCGAGCCGGGCCCUGAUCCUCCACAACCAACGUGGGUGGUAGAUUGGGAUGGGCCGGAUGACCAAGAGAACCCCAAUAACUGGUCACCCCGGUACAAAUUGUUCAUCAGUUUGGUACUCGUUGUUCUACCCUUGAUUGUCAACAUUGGGUCCAGCAUCAUGAGUGGCUCUCUUACAUCGCUGGAGAAGGAAUUUCACAUUGGCUCCGAGGUGGCCAUUUUGACGACCACUACUAUGUUUCUGAUGGGGUUUGUCACCGGUCCCCUAAUUUUCGGCCCGUUGUCUGAGAAAUACGGGAGGAGAUGGCCCAUCCUCACUGGCGUCAUACUCUUCUCGACCUUCUGCAUUCCGCGGCGCCUUUGGGGCGUCGUCAAUGGCGGUGACGGGGGAGCCCUGACGGAUGUGUGGAAUACCGUAGUCGGUCGUGGUAUCUCGCUGGACUGCUUCGUGGCCACGGCCUUUGUGGGUCCCGUCAUUGGGCCCAUCGUCGGUGACUUCAUCACAGAGAGCCAUCUAGGUUGGCGAUGGACCAUGUGGAUCACUAUGAUCGCCGCCUAUAGCUUCUCCAUCAUCGCAUGCGUGGUCCUACCCGAGACGUACGCACCCACGCUGCUCACGGCCAAGGCGGCGCGACUACGAAUCCAAACCAAAAAUUGGGCACUUCAUAGUAAGAUGGAGGAGGAAGGCGAGACAACUUUCAAGUCUUUUGCGCAGAUCUAUUUGCCCACUCGUCUCCAUGCAGCCCUCCUUGCGACGGAGCCCAUCAUGAUUCUCGUCACUCUCUAUAUGAGCUUCCUCUAUGGUUUGCUAUUCCUCUUCUUCGAGGGAUUCCCCAUCUCAUUUGUAGAGCAACGUGGGUGGAAACCCCAGAUCGGCUCCCUCUCCUUUCUGAGUCUCUUCGUCGGCAUCCUCCUGGGCCUGACUGGCAUGGUUACUUGGUCCAUGACGACCUUCGCCCGCCAGGUCAACUCGACGCCUGGAAAGGUGGUGCCAGAGCGGCGUCUGCCGCCGAUGAUGGUGGGCGCAGUCGGACUUCCCAUCGGACUGUUCUGGUUCGCAUGGACCAGCAACCCUAGUAUUCACUGGGGUGCGGAGAUCAUCGCACCGGGGUUAGUAUCGGCAUCGAUGUUUGCCAUCUUUAUCUCGGGUCUGAAAUACAUCGUGGACGUGUACUUGAUCUAUGCGAAUAGCGCCAUAUCCGCAAACACGGUCGUCCGGAGCUGCUUCGGGGCGGGAUUUCCUCUCUUUGCCAAUGCCAUGUACCACCGGCUUGGAUUUCCCUGGGCGACUACUUUGUUGGCAUUUCUGGCCGUCGCUAUGGCCCCUGUACCAGUCAUAUUCUAUCUUUUUGGGCAGAAGAUUCGAAUGUGGUCGCGUAUGACGGCCAACAAAACGUGA